CUUUUCAAUAUUCUCUCUAGAAAACUUGUCCACAUAAAUGUUUACUUUAAAGAGUUUUUUCGUGAUAGUAACAAUAAUCAUUUGUGACUUACAAAUCUCGAAUGGUUCUGUGAGUUUGACAAUAAAAAAAAAGAAUAUUAACGAAGGAGUGGUGAGUUUGACAAACUUUGAUGAUGUGAUAUAUUAUGGGGAAGUUAGUGUUGGUACUCCACCACAAAAGUUUAAUGUAGUAUUCGACACUGGAAGUUCUAAUUUUUGGAUUCCUUCUACGAAGUGGCCUACUGAUACUGUCUAUCCACACCCAAAGUUCAACACCGAAGGAUCAAAGACGUACACUGCGAAAUAUGACAAUACCGAUAAACAUAAACGAAAAAUAAACGUAGAUAUUACAUAUACAGUGGGUGCACUGAAAGGUACCCUAUCCCAAGAUAAUCUCAUUCUCGGUGGGAUUAUUCUUGAGGCGCAAGACUUCUUUGUAGGGUUUAAACCAGAUCUUCACAUGAAAAAGGUCAAAUUCGAUGGAAUACUAGGACUGGGAUUGCCAUCUCUGAAGUUUGCUGGAACUGUCUCAGUGUUGGAGAAUCUGGUGAAUAAAAAAUUAAUAACCCAACAUAUUUUCUCUAUACUGAUGACUCCUCGAAAGGGACCUGGAGCAGACGCUGGUCAGAUCAUUUUUGGUGGACUCAACGAAAGACACUUCCUUGGCAAACAUUUCUAUGUUCCUGUACUGUCGGGGAAAGGCUUUUGGAACAUUUCAAUGUCUCAAAUUUCCGUUAAUGGAGAAGAUAUGAAAGCUUGUGCUCCACAAUGCUUUGCAUUUGUGGAUGCUGGGACGACAGACAUUUUUGGUCCAAAGGACGAAAUCAUGAAGAUCUAUGCAGCAGUUAACACAACUCAAAAACAGAUUGCAUGCUACAAGGUUAAAACGUUGCCGGUGAUCUCCUUCGUAAUUGGAGGAAAGAGUUUUUCCAUCACUCGAAACAAUUACGCAUACGAAUACUUAGAUAGAAGGGGAGCAAAACGAUGCGACCUUCGUUUGGAGCAAUCUGACAGUAACACAUGGGUUUUGGGUAUAGCUUUCAUGGAAGCUUACCAUACGGUCUUCGAUAUUCAAGAUUUCAAUAAGCCAAAGAUCGGGUUUGCUAGCGCAGCACCAUAAGCGUGGAGACAAAAGAAGAAAAAGAAACACUAUAAAAAAUAAUAAUACUUAAUUCGGUUUGUUGUUUCUCGUGUUAAUGACGCUUAGUUAAGUUAUAUUAAACUUUAUGAAGAUGACCCGAUCAUCUAUCU